AGAGCUUUCUUCUUCUUCCUCUUCCUCCUCUGUUUCUGUAACAGAGCAACAAUGGCGGAGAGCCAUAAAUGCAAGCUCUGCUCUCGAAGCUUCGUCAAUGGCAGAGCAUUAGGCGGCCACAUGAAAGCCCAUUUAGCCACUUUCUCCAUUGAACAUGAAAAUCCCAUCAAAACCCUCAGAUCACCAGAUCCAGAAAUGCUCUGCAUCUCCACCAUCCAAGACAGAGAGAGCGAAACCGAGUCAAAGAACCCAACUCGGCGGCGCUCUAAACGAACUCGGAGAUUCAAGUCCGAGUCACCGCCGUCGUCGGAGCCUGCGAGUUCCAUCUCCGACACCUCGCCGGAGGAAGACGUCGCCAUCUGCCUGGUAAUGCUCUCGAUGGAACAGGGGAAGGAACAGAGUCGGACGCCGGAAUCGAAAAAAUCCACGGCGGCGAUGCCGGUGACGAUGGGUAAAAGUUUCCGAUGUGGGAAAUGCGAGAAAUCUUUCCGAUCGAACAGGGCUCUGUUUGGGCACAGAAAAGUUUGCAGAAAUGAAGGGGAAGAAGAUGGGAUUAAUGGAGGUGAGUGGAAGAUCUUUAAAUGUUGUUAUUGUUGUAAAGUGUUUGGGUCUGGACAAGCUUUAGGGGGACAUAAAAGAUCCCAUUUACAGGGUUCGAUCAGAGCCGCCAUUGAUGGGGGUUCUAGGAAGCUUGAGAUCGGUUUGGAUCUCAAUUUGCCAGCUCCACUGGAAGAAGAUGAUUACAGUGUAGUUUCUUUUGUAUGAUCAUUUAUAAUAUUUUUCUUUUAAAAAUACUAUUUGAUUCAUAUGAUAUUUUGUUCUUUUAUUUUCAACAUUUGUUUAGUUCAAUCUCUAUUUUCAUCCUGCUUGUAAUAUUCUUAUUCAAAAGAUUUAUUGAAUGUGUUUAUGCUC